AUGGCCGUCACAGACUCUCCGGAGUCCAAGUGCGAUGUGCUCAUUAUUGGAGCAGGGCCGGCUGGCAUGAUGAUGGCUACGUGGAUGGCGCGCAUGGGCAUCUCGGCCCGCAUUGUCGACAAACGCAGCACCAAGAUCUACGCUGGACAAGCCGACGGCGUGCAGCUGCGCAGUCUGGAGAUUUUCGACAGCUUCGGGUUCGCGGACCGUGUGUGGAAAGAGGCGAACCACAUGAUCGAAAUGUGCAUGUGGAACCCUGGCGAGGACGGCGUGCUCAGGAGGGGCGAUCGUGUGCCUGAUAUGCCGCCAGGGCUGAGCAGGUUUACCCAGAUCGUGCUGCAUCAGGGGAGGAUUGAGAGGUUCUUUCUGGACCAUAUCAAGAAGCACUCCAAAGAUGCGUUGAGGGUCGAGAGAGCGGUACUUCCGGAGUCGUUGGAAAUUGAUGAGGAGCGUUGCCAUGACCACUCUGCGGACACGUACCCCAUCAAGGUGCAACUGAGGCAUCUGACGGACGAGGAGGCCACACCAGCCCAGGCGAACGGGCAAACGGUGCACGACGGACUGUUCAGGAGCAACCUGGCGGACGACGAUACGGACGAAUUGAUCCAGAAGGGGAGAGAAAACAAGGGUGGGUUGGAGAGUGUCAGAGCAAAGUACGUGGUCGGCUGCGAUGGGGCGCACAGCUGGACAAGAAAACAGCUGGGAUUCCAGCUCGAAGGCGAACCGACAGACUUCAUCUGGGGCGUGCUGGACAUUGUGCCCAUCACCGAUUUCCCCGACAUUCGCAACCGCUGCGCCGUUCACAGCGCAUCGUCCGGGUCGAUGAUGGUGAUUCCUCGUGAGGAGAAGCUUGUGCGGCUGUACAUUCAGCUUACGGAGAUCAAGCCAGACGCGUCAGGGCGCGCGGACCGAUCGAAGAUCACGCCUGAGACCAUCAUCCAGGCUGCGCAGAAGAUCAUUGCGCCGUAUUCGUUGACGUACCAGUACUGCGACUGGUUCACUGCGUACCAGAUUGGGCAGCGAGUCGGCACCCACUUUGCCUACCAGGACCGCGUGUUCCUGACGGGCGACGCAGUGCACACGCACUCACCGAAAGCGGGACAAGGCAUGAACGUCAGCAUGCACGAUUCGUACAAUCUGGGGUGGAAGCUUGGUCUUGUCGUCAAAGGCGUGGCUCAGCCUUCGAUCCUGAAAACCUAUCAGUCAGAGCGGCGCAGGGUUGCUCAGGACCUCAUCGCGUUCGACCACAAAUUCUCACGACUCUUCUCGGGUCGGCCGGCCAAGGACGUCAUGGACGACGAGGGCGUCAGCAUGAAAGACUUCAAGCAGGCCUUCUUGGACGGCAACAUAUUUGCCUCUGGCCUGUCGGUGGAUUACGGCACGAGCAUGCUCGUGGCCAAGCCAGGUAGUUCAGCGGACCAAGGGGACGGCACCGACGUGUCGUCUUCGCACGACGACAAGGUGGUUGGGCGACAGGAGCUGGCGUCCAACAUCAAGCUGGGCGUGCGGUUCCCGAGCUGCCAGGUCCUAAACCAGUCGGACGCACGGCCGUGGGAGUUGCAGCAGAAGCUGAGGAGCGACGGCCGAUUCCGCCUCAUCCUCUUCGCAGGCAACGUGGUCGAAGGCCGGCAGCAGGCACGAUUGAGGGCGUUUUGCCAGCACCUGACCGCGUCCAGGUUCCUAGGGCCGCACGUGCACAAGAACAUUGCGCUCCUCACGUGUCACGCGGCGAAGCGCACCGAGGUGGAACUGCUGCGGGACUUCCCCGACGUGCUGCAUCCGUUCGACAGCAAGCUGGGGUGGGACUACGAGUCGGUGUACGUAGACGACGUCAGCUACCACGAGGGAUUUGGCGACGCGUACAGCAAGUACGGGGUGGACAAGGAGGCUGGGUGCGUGGUGGUGACGAGGCCAGACCAGCACGUGGGGCACAUUGAGUCGCUGGACGAGGAUGGGUUUGUUGGUGUGGAGGCGUAUUUCAAGGGCGUGCUUGCACCGUAG